GGGAACCUUGUCUGAAGACAAUGAUUUAUGGGGGUUUAUGCGGAUGAUGACCCACUUGGAAUUGAGUAACCGGAUGUGUACCAAUCCGUGGCUCGGUUGUGGCAACAUGAUGUUUCCACUUCAGAAUCGUUGAAAACCUUGAGCACAUGGACGACAUCCCAGCCACCACCUUCUUGGUGGCCGGCCGCCCUUCUGCCGUAUCGGCGGUGACAGACGGCCUCAAGAUCGUCGUCCCUUCAAAGCCCCUCCUCAACACUUUGCUGAAGUGGGACGAUGUGUUGGGCGCCAACAACUCGCAAAAUCCAACCACGGUGACAGUGCACACACUCGGAAAGGCUAGCAACGGCAAGCGAUAUGCGAACAUCGUGGCGCUAGUUGCGACCAAGAACGAUGGGCAGCAAGAGGUCGAGCGCUGGGUCCAAAUCAUCACGUUCUUUGCCGACCCGACUCGCGCCAAGGCGACCGUUCUUCCGUGUUUGAACGAUGUGUUGCUGACUCGAACCAAACCUCGGAGGUACAUGGUGAUCGUCAACCCCGCCUCGGGACAAAGCAAAGGCGUGAAGUUGUUUCAAAAAGUCGAAGCUUUGUUUGCCCACGCCAACAUCCACGUGACCAAGGUGCUUACGGAGCGCGCGGCGCACGCGACGGAGCUUGCGACUGCCAUCGACCACACUCAGUAUGACGCGCUGGUCAUCGUCGGCGGCGACGGCGUCAUCUACGAAGUCGUACAAGGUCUCAUGCAACGCCCAGACUGGGCCGACGUCAUCCAAAUCCCGCUGGCGAUUUUACCGGCGGGGGGCGGCAAUGGCCUUGCAAAAUCACUCACUGAAUCGUCGGGCGAAGUGUACAGCUUUGAGAAUUGCGCGUACUUGGCCAUCAAGGGCCAGCCGCAGCCCCUCGACUUGGCCACACUCCGAAGCAAGACCGCCACCAAGUUCAUCUUUCUGUCGCUGAGCUGGGCGUUCUUGGCCGAAAUGGACUUUGAGUCGGAAAAGUACAGGUUUGCUGGUGCCCAGCGCUUUACGAUUUCGUCGUUGGGCAAGAUCCUGUCGGGCAAAAACUGGUCCGGGUCCUUCUCGUACGUGGAACCCACUGCGGACGAAGUCGUGCCAACGUACUGGGCCGACGGACACGACGACGGAAGGGCGGCGCCCAAGUUGACGCUGCUGCCGCCAUCCGCGGAAGAUCCCAAGCCCGAGACGUGGAAGACGAUUGAAGGCAACUUUAGCUUGUUUUGGGCCAUGAACGCCGCGUGGGCCGGCACGAACGGCCUCGUGGCGCCGUCGGCCGAGUUUGACGACGGGUACAUGCACGUGGUCAUCAUGCCUGGUAAAGUGAGCAUGGCAGAGUACAUGGGCGUGUUCUUGACCCUUGACAGUGGCCGCCACGUGGACAAGCCAACGGUGCAAGUGAUCAAGACGAGGUACACCCACCGAUGACGUGAGUGGAAGUGCUGAUGAUGCUCGUUGAACAGGGCAUUUGAAGUCAAAGCGCCAGAAUCCGAUAUCAUGAUGGCAGAUGGGGAGCGUAUUGAUGGAGGCUUCUGCCAGGUAUGUUCUACUUCAUCCAUAGCCUCAGCGGGUGACGGCCAUGCUUGCAGGUGGAAGUCCAUCGAGCGUUGGGUCGCGUCAUGGCGAUUCGCAAGUGAAAUCAAAGAGUCCCCCAUUCGAUAUUAAUAAAAUAGUAGAAAUGUCUACUUGCG